CGGAGCGGCUCGCCGGGGAGGUGCGCCGCAGGAUGUUCGCCGCCGGCGGCGGCAACGGCGACGGCGAGGGCGGAGUUACGAUGAGCGUGGCCGAAGCGGCGACGCUGGUGGACACGCUCGAACGCCUCGGACUAGAUGGGCACUUCCGGCACGAGAUUGGUGUGCUGCUGGGGCGUCUCCGCCGCGAGGAGGCGGAUUUUGCAGGCAGCGACGACGACCUGUAUACUGUUGCCCUUCGGUUUCGUCUGCUUAGGCAGCAUGGGGUCUGGGUAUCUGCAGGUACAUGUGUUCGCGACAAGUUCAGAGAUGGUACAUGUAGUUUCAGCUCAAGCCUACGUGAUGACCCGAGGGGCUUGCUGAGCCUGUACAACGCAGCUCACAUGGCAGCACCUGUAGAGAUCGCCCUAGACGACAUCAUCGCCUUCGCGAGGUGCCACCUCGAGGCCCUGUCCAUGGAAGGCGAGCUCAAAUCGCCAUUGGCUGAGCAGGUCUCCCGCGCCCCGGACAUCCCACUCCCACGGUUCCCAAGGCGGCUCGAGACCAUGAGCUACCUCGUCGAGUAUGAGCAAGAGGACGAACACGACGACAUGCUGCUGGAGCUCGCGAGGCUAGAAUUCGAGCUCACGAGGUGUCUUCACCUUGAGGAGCUCAAGGCUCUCUCCUUGUGGUGGAGAGAGCUUUACGAGAGCGUGAAGCUGAGCUAUGCUCGAGAUCGCCUAGUGGAGUCCUACUUCUGGACAUGCGGCGUGUUCCAUGAGGAGGAAUACUCUCGUGCCCGGAUCAUGUUUGCCAAGGUAUUUGGAUUGCUGUCCCUGAUGGAUGAUACCUAUGACGUCCAUGCUACCUUGGAGGAGUGCUAUAAGCUCAAUGAAGCUAUACAGAGAUGGGACGAGGGCGCGAUUUCUAUUCUGCCAGAAUAUUUGCGCAUGUUUUACAUCAAGCUGCUGAGCAACUUUGACGAGUUGGAGGCUAGCUUAGAACCACACGAGAAGUUCCGCGUGUCCUACGCCAAAAAUGCGUUUAAGCUGUCGUCUGAAUACUACCUCCGUGAGGCCAAAUGGUCGAACACCAAGUACACGCCGAGCUUCGCCGAGCACCUGGAGGUGUCCGUCAUGUCGUCGGGCUUCCCGAUGCUGGCGCCGGUGGUGCUGAUGGGCGUGCACGACGACGCCGCCGUGGCGACCGCGGCGGCGUUCGAGUGGGCCACCGCCGCCGGCGUCCCCGACGUGGUCAUCGCCGCCAGCGGCGAGGUGGCGCGCUUCCUCAACGACAUCGCGUCCCACCGCGUGGGGAAGAACGAGAAGGACGUGCCGAGCUCGGUGGAGAGCUACAUGGCGGAGCACGGCGUCGGCGAGGAGGCCGCCCUCGCGGCGGUGGCGGCGAUGGCGGAGCACGGGUGGAGGACGAUCAACCGGGCGUUGAUGGAGAUGGACCCCGGGCUGCUGCCGGCGGCGCGGCUCAUCGUGAACCUGACGAGGACGCUGGAGGUGAUCUACCUUGGUGGCAGGGACGGUUACACCUUCGGCGGCGACAUCAAGGGCCUCGUCGUCAGCCUCUUCCUUGAUCCGGUCGCCGUUAUACGUAUUUGAGCUGAAUUUGAAUGUUCUCGAUCGAUCCUGUAUAAGUUGUGUACCCGUGUAUUCCAGGCUUCUAGCUAGGUGUGUGAA